CAGUUUGGCUUGUUUAGAUCUAAUUGGUUCAUCUCAGCAGGAGGAGCCUGAGUGCCGUAUGUGGACCCAAUGUGCACCCUUUCUGGAGUAUGAAGCGCAGCAGCAGCAGGUUUAGAUGGAGUGUGUGUUGACCUGGUGAGUGUACGCCUGGUGUGUGCCUUUCAGUCAGAGGAUGCAGCAGGUGUAAACGUAGUGCGUGUGUGGACUUGGCAUGUCGCUCUCAGCAGGAGGAGCUGCAGCAGCGGUCUCUCUGGCACUCAGUGAAGCCACAGAUUGUCUAAUUAGAUUAAGCGAGGCUUUCCUCAGAUAAUCAUUCAGCCAGCUCCUGUUUUUUCCUCCGAUAAAGAGAGCUGUUUGAAACUGCGAGCUUGCUGAAGGUCACACUGAAAAGGGACCAGUUUGGGUAGUAAACUGGGGUCUUGGUGGUGUUCUGCAGCCUGCCCGCUGAGGAGCUGUCUCCGGGUUAUGGGCUGUUUCUGGACCUGUGAGUGUGUCGCUGCUCACAGUAAUCGGACCACCACUAAUACCUGCUGCUGCUAACAGGAGGUGAUGGGGGAAGUUUCUCAGUCACAGAGUCCCUGUCAGGCUACAUCUGCACCUCAGGCCUACCACUGAGUCUGUUUUUGAGAAGGCCUCUGCUGAGUCCCCAAGAAAGGAAAAAUGACCAACAACUCUUUUAGUGGGUCCAAAUAUGUCCGACGUGGCGAGGCCAACCACGAUGCAGAGUUCAGCUGCUCAGUCCAGGAGCUGCGCUCCCUCAUGGAACUUAGAGGAGAGGAGGCAGUCACUAGAAUCCAGGAAUCUUAUAGUGACGUUAAUGGACUGUGUGCCCGGCUGAGGACGUCACCUGUUGAUGGUUUAGAUGGAAAAUCGGAAGAUAUCGACAGAAGGAAAGAGGUGUUUGGACUUAACAUCAUCCCUCCAAAGAAGCCAAAAACCUUUUUGCAGUUAGUGUGGGAAGCCCUGCAGGAUGUCACGCUCAUCAUCCUGGAGGUGGCAGCCAUCAUUUCACUAGGCCUUUCUUUCUAUCACCCACCAGAUGCUGAGAGACAGAACUGUGGCAGUGCAGCUGGCGGUGUGGACGAUGAGAGCGAGGCAGAGGCUGGAUGGAUCGAAGGCGCUGCCAUCCUCUUGUCUGUGGUGUGUGUGGUGCUAGUGACGGCCUUCAAUGACUGGAGCAAAGAGAAGCAGUUCCGUGGCCUCCAGAACCGCAUCGAGCAGGAGCAGAAGUUCACGGUGGUUCGAGGGGGGCAGGUGAUCCAGAUCAAAGUGUCCGAGAUUGUGGUUGGUGACAUUGCGCAAGUCAAAUAUGGUGACCUCCUCCCUGCUGACGGUGUCCUGAUUCAGGGCAACGAUCUGAAGAUUGAUGAGAGUUCUCUAACCGGAGAGUCAGAUCAUGUCAAGAAGAACCUUGACAAAGACCCCAUGCUGCUGUCAGGUACCCAUGUGAUGGAAGGCUCUGGCAAGAUGGUGGUCACUGCUGUGGGUGUGAACUCUCAGAGUGGAAUAAUCUUCACCCUGCUUGGUGCUGGUGAUGAAGGUGACAACGAGGACAAGAAAGACAAGAAAAAAGAGGAACACAAAAGGAAAGAUUCAAAGGGGAAGAAAAGCAAAAAAGAAGACAAAGGCAAGAAAGGAGAAAAGAAGGACGGAGCCUCUGUGGAGAUGCAGCCACUCAAUGGUGAGGGAGAACCAGAGAAGAAGAAAAAACACAUUGCAAAGAAAGAGAAAUCCGUCCUCCAGGGGAAGCUAACUAAGCUGGCUGUGCAGAUCGGCAAAGCAGGUCUGUUCAUGUCGACUCUCACUGUCAUCAUCCUCAUCACUCGCUUCCUGAUCGAUACAUUCUGCAUUCAGGGGAUUGUGUGGAUCCCCGAGUGUGUGCCCAUCUACAUACAAUUUCUGGUCAAGUUCUUCAUAAUUGGUGUGACGGUCCUCGUGGUAGCUGUACCUGAAGGCCUCCCUUUGGCCGUCACCAUCUCCCUAGCCUAUUCAGUCAAGAAAAUGAUGAAGGACAACAACCUGGUCCGCCACCUGGAUGCCUGUGAGACAAUGGGCAAUGCCACUGCCAUCUGCUCUGAUAAAACGGGCACACUGACUAUGAACCGCAUGACAGUGGUGCAGGCCUACAUUGGGGAACGCUACUACAAAAAGGUGCCAGAGCCAGACCUUAUCCCUCCCAAAAUCCUGGACCUGCUUGUCCUGGGCAUCGGGGUCAACUGCGCCUACACCACUAAGAUUAUGCCUCCAGAGAGGGAUGGUGGACUCCCUCGCCAGGUGGGAAACAAGACUGAAUGUGCCUUACUGGGAUUCACCCUCGACCUGCGCCGAGACUAUCAGGCCAUUCGCAACGAAAUCCCCGAGGAGAAACUGUUUAAGGUCUAUACCUUCAACUCUGUGAGAAAAUCCAUGAGCACUGUGCUAAAGAACCAUGAUGGCAGCUACCGAAUGUUCAGCAAGGGUGCCUCUGAGAUCCUGCUUAAGAAAUGUUGUAAGAUCUUGACGGCCAGUGGUGAUGUCAAAGUCUUCAAACAUCGCGACCGAGAUGAUCUGGUUAAAAAGGUGGUUGAGCCAAUGGCGUCUGAGGGACUGAGGACCAUCUGCCUCGCCUACAGAGAUUUUCCUGUGUCUGAUGGAGAGCCUGACUGGGACAAUGAAGCCCAUAUACUAACAGGUCUCACAUGCAUCGCUGUAGUUGGCAUUGAGGACCCAGUACGACCUGAGGUUCCAGAAGCCAUCAGAAAGUGCCAGCGGGCUGGAAUCACUGUUCGCAUGGUGACUGGAGACAAUAUCAAUACUGCCCGUGCAAUUGCCAUUAAAUGUGGCAUUUUGCAUCCUGGAGAUGAUUUCCUGUGUUUGGAGGGCAAAGAGUUCAACCGACGUAUUCACAAUGAAAUGGGGGAGAUUGAGCAGGAGCGUCUUGAUAAGAUUUGGCCCAAGCUCCGGGUCCUAGCUCGAUCAUCUCCAACGGACAAACACACUUUGGUCAAAGGAAUUAUUGACAGCACAGUCUUUGAGCAGAGGCAGGUUGUUGCAGUAACUGGAGAUGGAACAAAUGAUGGUCCUGCCCUAAAAAAAGCAGAUGUUGGCUUUGCUAUGGGCAUCGCAGGGACGGAUGUGGCUAAGGAGGCGUCUGACAUCAUCCUGACAGACGAUAAUUUCAGCAGCAUCGUUAAGGCUGUUAUGUGGGGCAGGAAUGUCUAUGACAGCAUAUCUAAAUUCUUGCAGUUCCAGCUCACCGUCAAUGUGGUUGCUGUCAUUGUGGCCUUUACCGGAGCCUGCAUCACCCAGGACUCUCCUCUGAAAGCUGUGCAGAUGUUAUGGGUGAACCUCAUCAUGGACACAUUCGCUUCGCUGGCCCUUGCCACGGAGCCACCGACUGAGGCACUGCUGCUCAGGAACCCAUACGGCCGCAAGAAGCCGCUCAUCUCCCGCACCAUGAUGAAGAACAUUCUGGGACAUGGCGUCUACCAGCUGACCAUAAUCUUCACCCUACUCUUUGCUGGUGAGACGCUGUUUGACAUCGACAGUGGCAGGAAUGCCCCGCUUCACGCCCCGCCCUCUGAGCACUAUACCAUCGUGUUCAAUACUUUUGUCCUCAUGCAGAUCUUCAAUGAGUUCAAUGCCCGAAAAAUCCAUGGAGAGAGAAACGUUUUUGAGGGUGUCUUCAGAAACCCCAUCUUCUGCUCCAUCAUCUUUGGAACCUUCGUCACACAGUUCAUAAUUGUACAGUUUGGAGGUAAACCUUUUAGCUGUGUGGAUCUAACCCUUGAGCAAUGGCUUUGGUGCAUCUUCUUGGGCCUCGGCAGUCUGCUGUGGGGACAGUUGGUGUCAAGUGUCCCGACAAAGUGGCUGAAGUUUCUGAAGACAGCAGGUCAUGCCACACUGCAGGAAGAGAUCCCUGAUGGGUCCGAUGAGGGUAAUGAUGUGGUUGACCAUGGAGACCUUGAGCUAAACAAAGGUCACAUCCUGUGGUGCCGCGGCCUGAGCCGCAUCCAGACGCAGAUCCGUGUGGUGAAGGCCUUCAGGGACAGCGUGUCUCCCUAUGAAGGUCUGGAGACACCUGAAUCUCGCAGUUCCAUUCACAACUUCAUGAAUCAUCCCGAGUUCCGUAUUGAAGACUCAGAACCUCAGAUCCCCCUCAUCGAUGAAAAUGAGAGUGAGGAUGAUCCCCCUACCAAACGAAACUCUAUUUUCAUCCCACCGCCACUUACUGGAUUGUCCAGCCAGCCACCUCUCCCCUUCACCCCCAACGAGAACAACAACGCCUUGGACCGUGUCAUCCCGUUACAUAAGGACAUCUCCAGGUCUGCACUGGUCCCUCCCAACUCAGCAGGACUACCACCCUGUCCAGGAAGCCCCUUGCACAGUCUGGAAACCUCACUCUGAAGCCCCUCCCCCUUACCUGAACACUUCCUGUUACUAAAGUAUGUUCGUACUGUGUUUUUUAUGGUGAGAAUUCUGGUUCUUCUGGGAGCCGUGGAAGGGAAAUGAAUUAAAAAGAGACUCACCCAAUUGUUUCUCCCCAGGAGUUCAUCUGCAGAAAUGUUUCCAGAUGUGCUUUUGUUCAGUGACGGCGACUCACACAGACUGUUUCCUUUUUUAAUAGAAAUGAACUUCUUGUUACUUAGGAGAAUGUUGUUUGUGCAGGGAACAAUCAGUAAUCAGUUCUGAUGUGUACAUAUUCUGUUAAUGUAGUUUUAAAUGUGGGAUGUUUCAGUUUUUCAGCAGACCAGCUGAUGGGAGCCGGUAGUGAUGGUUCAUGUUAGUUUUUUGUUGAGGAUCAGUCACUGAAAUGUUUAGUAUUUUGUGUUGUAGAGAGAAAGUUUUGAGGGAGGUGUUUAAUGUUGAAUUUUAUUUUAGUGUGGUUUUAGAUUGAAAAAGUUCAAAAAAAAAGUUAUUAAAAGUUUCAAAAAAUAGACUUUGAGAGCUGGAUAACUUUGGUAAAGCAUUACAUCAGAGAAAAGAAGAGUUGUAGCAGUUAUCAAGUAUUUUCACGAUGAAGUCACUGCAUUAUAGAGCCUUCCAGUCUCAGGCUUUACUUCACACACAUUUCCCAAGAUGCGCUGUUAGACAGCAUGUGACAGCACAACACUGAAAUAUCGUCAUCAUUUUUCAUCUAUGUGUCAAAAUUUAACAAACAAAAAGUGGGAUUAAAAAAAGGUAAUGCUACUGAAAUAUG